AUGAUGAUCGUCUCCAGUCCCUCAAAGUCCCUCAAAAAGAAACAAAGCCAAGAAAACACCAGCCCCGAAAAGCGCAAACGCCCAAAACCUCCUCCCGCCCCUUUCUUCGGUGCUCGGAAGAAUGUUGCAGCAGCAGAAAACCCAAUCCCGUCUUCCUCGCCUGCUUUCGCAACUCCCGCCCACCCUUUGCGACCCUUCCAACCACCAGCGCCCGCCAAAGCUGCAAUCCUACCUAUUAUCCUGCCCCCGCCUACGCUCCGACCCCUUGCCUUUAGAACUUUUACCAAGAAACACAAUUUGACUCUUACAUCCUCCGCUCUACAAGAACUAGCCUCUUUUAUCGGCCGACACUGCGGGUCAGGAUGGCGAGAGGAAGGGCUAGCGGAGAAGGUGCUGGAAGAGGUAGCCAGGGGGUGGAAGAACAGGAAUGGCGGGGUGAUUGUUGACGGCGCAAGCCCAGAGCUGAAGGAUAUACUGAAGAAUUUGGAGGGAAAUAUGAGCGGUGGGAGGAUUAUCACGGGAGGUAAUGGUCAGAGAGGUGGCCUCAGCCGGCAGAAUAGUUUGAUGCUGGAAGCAAGUGACGAGGCAGACCACUCCAAGACCAGGUUGGGGCUGCGCCCUACGAGUUUGGCAAGAGAGGACAGCCAGGCUAGUUUUGGUAUGUCGGGUAUCGGGUUGGGCGGGGAAGAUGAUGAGCUUGAUGAGGAUGGAAGCAAAGACGCAAGGAGGUGGUUGAAGGUUGUGUCGGCUUUUGAGCAGCCGAGGUUUACGUAUAACGUGGCCAAGAAGCACUUUGAAAGAAUAACAACUCCUCCAAGCCUCCUCCCACCGCCCUCUCACAAAACUGACAGCUUCCGCAACCGUUACCACAUCAUCCACCAACGUCUGUUGAGGAAUGAAUCCUUCCAAACCUCUGCCGUCACCUCCUUUUCCCGCUCAUCCUCUAACGCUUCUUUCCGCUCCCAUAAAAUCACCCCCAUCGCCAACUUAUUGGGUCGCCAUGGCACCACUCACCUCCUGCUAGGCAUGCUAAUCGUCCUCCCCACCGGCGCCCUAGCCAUAUCCGACCUAACCGGAGCCAUCACCCUUGACCUCUCUCACGCAGCAGCAAUCCCCCAUGACUCGGCCUGGUUCACACCAGGUAUGAUCGUCCUGGUAGACGGCAUCUACGAAGAGGAAGAAGAAUCCGUCGGCAAGGGACUGUCUGGCAGUUCGGGAGUAGGAGGCACGAUAGGAGGCCGAUUCCAAGGUUUCUUCAUCGGACAGCCUCCCUGUGAGAAACGGCGCGCUACCUUGGGUGUUAGCGGGCUGGAUGGCAUGGCUGGGGACGAGGAGCAUACCAUUGGGGGUGGAUUCGGAUGGAUUGAUUUCCUCGGGGUAGGGAGUGAACGCGCCAUUGGCAGCAAGAUGAGAAAACUGGAACAGCGGCUGCUACGACAGCAACCCGCCGGCCAGCAACGAUCACGGAUCGUGAUACUCGGUGAACUCAACCUUGACCAACCGAGGAGUUUGCAAGCCCUGAAAAAGGUGCUCAGUUUGUAUGCCACCGACGGGGAAGGGGAGACACCGAUGAGCUUUAUCAUUACCGGCAAUUUCACCAGUUGCGGGGUGAUGGCCAGCCAUGGUGGGGGGGCUACGACGGGGACGGGAGGGGCGGGGAGUAUAGAGUACAAGGAGUACUUUGACGCGCUGGCGUCGACGCUGGCGGAUUUUCCCACCUUGUUGACCACGGCUACGUUUGUGUUUGUGCCUGGCGAUAACGACGGGUGGGUUUCGGCUUUUGGGGGAGGGGCGGCGGUGCCGCUGCCGAGAAGGGGGGUUCCGGGGUUGUUCACCAGCCGGGUGAGGAGGACGUUUGCGGCGGCGAACCAAGAGGCGGGAUUGACGGGGGAGAAGAAGGGGGGGGAGGCGGUGUGGACUAGUAAUCCGAGUCGGUUGAGUUUGUUUGGGCCUGGUCGUGAGGUGGUGGUGUUUAGGGAUGACAUCUCGGCUAGGCUGAGGAGGGCGAAUGUGAGGUUGAAGGGGAAGGAGGCGGAGGGGGAUGGGGAUGUGGAGAUGGCUGGGGCAACGCAGGACAAUGGGGAUGCUAUGGAGGUGGAUGGGGAUGAGCAGCAGCAGGAGCAACGACCGUCACCGGUGGCAGAUCCGAAUGCGGUGCCGUAUGAUGUGUUGGCGGCAAGAAAACUGGUCAAGACGAUUCUGGAUCAGGGCUAUCUGGCUCCAUUCCGACAGUCGAUCAGGCCGGUUCAUUGGGAUUACACUUCUCCGCUGUAUCUCUACCCGCUUCCGACCGCGGUGGUGCUGGUUGAUACGACCGCUCCACCAUUUUGCGUCACCUACGAGGGCUGUCAUGUCAUGAAUCCGAGUAGCAUUCUCGUGAGCGGGAAGAAGGGCGUGGCCAGGUGGAUCGAGUAUGAAGCUGGGAGGACCGGGAAAGUGAGGGAGUGCACAUUCUAG